AUGAGGAAUGGGGAAAUUUUCUUCUUUUAUACUAAAAAUGGACCGACUUCCCACUCCUCUGUUUCCGCAGAUGCCCCCCAGAAGGACGGUGAAGAUCCAGCCUCGGACCCCGCCUCGUCACUGUUCAACCACUGGGGCCGCGACCUGGGUCCAGAGAGCCGAAGGGCCGCCCUCAAGAAGUUCCGUUACUACGGUUACAACGGCUACCUUAGCGACCGCAUUUCCCUCACGCGGCCGAUUCCAGAUCUAAGGCCGGACGGAUGCAGGAACAUCUCCUACUCGUCAGACCUUCCUCAGCUCAGCGUCAUCUUCAUCUUCGUGAACGAGGCCCUGUCCGUCCUGCUGCGCUCCGUCCACACGCUGGUCCAGAGGACUCCGGCCCACCUGCUCAAGGAGGUCAUCCUGGUGGACGACCACAGCAGCAGCCAGGAACUGAAGGAGCACCUGCAGACCUUCGUGGACGAGACCAACGGUCAGCACGGGCCCGGGUUCCUCAAGGUGGUCCGCCACGAGAAACAGGAGGGGCUGAUCAGGUCAAGGGUCAGCGGCUGGAGGGCGGCCUCGGCCCCCGUGGUCGCCCUGGCAGAACCUAUACUGCAGCGCAUAAAGGAGGACCGGACCCGAGUGGUGUCUCCCUCCUUUGACAACAUCAAGUACGACACCUUUGAGAUCGAGGAGUACCCUCUGUCUGCCCAGGGCUUCGACUGGGAGCUGUGGUGCCGCUACCUCAACCCGCCGAAGUCCUGGUGGACGCAACGCAACCACACGGCCCCCAUCAGGAGCCCGGCUCUGAUUGGCUGCUUUGUGGUGGAUAGGAAAUACUUUGAGGAGAUUGGCCUGCUGGACGAAGGCAUGGAGAUUUACGGAGGAGAAAAUGUGGAGCUCGGCAUCAGGGUGUGGCAGUGCGGUGGCAGCGUGGAGGUCCUGCCCUGCUCCAGGAUCGCGCACAUCGAGCGCGCGCACAAGCCCUACACGGAGAACCUGACCGCCCACGUGCGGCGCAACGCUCUGAGGGUGGCCGAGCAUUCGGGGAUAGACAUUGGGGACAUUUCUGAGAGGAAGGCCCUGCGGUCCAGACUCAAGUGCCGCCCGUUCAGCUGGUUCCUGUCCAACAUCUACCCAGAGCUGCGUUCCUACGGCAACACGGUGGCCUACGGAGUGCUGAAGAACAGCCUGAGAGACGACCUGUGUCUGGACCAGGGCCCCGACACCGACAACGUUCCCAUCAUGUACCUCUGCCAUGGAAUGACUCCUCAGCAGAACGUGUACUACACCAGCUCCCAGCAGCUCCACCUGGGCGUGCUGAGCCCCACCAUCGACGACGACGACAACAAGUGUCUGGUGGACGGGGGGUCCAUCCAGAACAAUGAGUCGCAGCGUUGUCUGGAGCUGGUGGAGAGCGGUCAGUCAGAGUUCACUUUCCAGCUGGUCAUUCAGGACUGCACGGGUCAGAAAUGGACCAUCACAAACAUAUUGACUGUCCUGCCACAGUGAACUGGGGGACACCGGUGGCUGCCCGGAACCGUUUCUGUGUGAUGGACCCGCGAGCAAGUUUAAGGUCAAGUGGGAGUGGGGGGGGUUCCAAUGCACAGGCAAUCUGAAAGGCUGACCUCCACAGAGAAAUAUCCCCGAAAAGUUUCAGCACCCGGACUUAUUUUUAACUACAAUCUGCACAGAAAAUGGUGCGCUUCAAUCAGACACGGCCCAUCAGUGACCUAAUAACCGUUUUAUGCCGAUGACCCGAGAGAGGAGACACUCACAGAUGGAGCUGACGCUCUUAAAACUUCCCACCCGGCCAAGAAAAUGAGAAAUAUGGCGGACUGUUAAAUCGUGGAAGCGGUUCGGUUAUUUGCAGGAGCAGACUUGCGAUUUAUUCUGGGGUCCCUGUUUGGUUUUACGGUUUAAGAGCUGUCUCACCGGAGCGAAUGCAUGUGUGCAGAUGUGUCCAAAAUCCGGAAAAGUGGCGGAUUUGUGACAGAAAUUUAAGGAUGAAGGCAGGUUAUAAGUCAUUAUCCUCACUGGUCUCAUCCCAUUAGCAUCACAGGUAAAAACAAAAAAAAAGAUAGAAAGUGUCAUGAAGAGAAACCAAAGAGUGAUUAAAAAGCAGAAACUCCCCGUCAGAAGUUUCCGAGUUAAUUCAAUCUGAACGGAAGCUGUCCGUCAAAUCCUGUUUGUGUGCUCACAAACGGAGCCGAGGAUUCAUCCUGGAAAAGAAGGUUUUACAUUCCCGGCAAUCUUCGGAAACACCUGGGCAAAUGAGCGGAUGUGAUAUGGAAGCCGUUGAGAGGAUAAAGAACACCUCAGAGACUGGUCUGAUUUCUGUGUGGGCGCAUUGGUGUGCAAAAGCCCGGAGCCAAAGCCAGGAUUUAACAAAUACAGAGUUUUUGUUUCAGCUGGACUCAUUUGAGAACAGCCAACAAAAGUUAUUUAAAGAAACCAGAACGAGUUCUACCUUAAACCAUAAUAUCUCCGUUCUGGUUUGACUCAAUUUUUUUUUUUAAAUCAUGUGUCCUUAGUGACAGAGGAACCUGUUCUCCAUCCGGGUAGAUAGGGAUGAGACAGAUGUUGCUGAAGUCUGAUAUAAAAAUAAUACAGCUAAUUUAAGCUAGUGUUACUUGAGAGGAAGUUUGAGUUACAAUUACAACUAAUUUAUUGUGCAAACCAAACCUAGACUACUAUAUCUUACCAUGUGUAAUAACCUCUAAGACCACAGAUCCUGCAAAGUUGGGAUGUUGCAUCAAGAAAAGAGGAAAAACUC